UGUGCGGGGGAAGCUAGUGCACUCCAGGGAGCUACGCUAAACUCGUUGAGACACGGACGCUGGCGGCAGCACCAAGAGACACCAUCAGUAUCAAAACACACAAACCCGCGGUACGGGGCUCGGCAGCCAGCCUCUGUCCCUCCGUCUUUCCGUGCCCAGCCAUGAAACAGACCUUACUGGACCUCAUGAGGAUGAGUAGGAUCUGCCGGAUGGUGCUGGCCACUUGUUUAGGAUCCUUUAUUCUUGUCAUCUUCUACUUCCAAAGUAUGUUUCAACCAGUCAUGAGGAGAAACCCAUUUGCAGGCGAAGGAUGCUGUCGAAAAGGUUCGAGAAACGCUCUGCAAGAGCUGUACAACCCUACACAGGCAGAGUUCUCGGCAGCUGCAGUGUUGCAUCAGGCCCGACGGGAUCAGGUGGCAGACACAUGCCGAGCCCACACUGCGUCCAGUCGCAAGAGACGCGUUCUGACACCCAACGACCUCAAGCACCUGGUGGUGGAUGAAGAGCAUGAGCUUAUCUACUGCUACGUGCCCAAAGUGGCCUGCACCAACUGGAAGAGGGUCAUGAUGGUGCUGAGCGGUCGUGGGAAGUACACAGACCCCAUGGAGAUUCCGUCCAAUGAGGCCCACGUACCCUCCAACCUCAGGACCCUCAACCAAUACAGCAUCCCCGACAUCAACCACCGCCUCAAGAGCUACCUCAAGUUCCUCUUCGUGCGCGACCCCUUUGAGAGGUUGGUGUCCGCUUACCGCAACAAGUUCACGCUGCGCUACAACUCCUCCUUCCACAAGCGCUACGGGACGAAGAUCGUGAGGCGGUACCGCAAGAAUGCUACGGCCGAGGCGCUGCUGAGCGGCACCGAUGUGAAGUUCCAGGAGUUUGCUGAGUACCUGGUGGACCCGGUUACUCAAAGAGAAGCUCCGCUAAACGAACACUGGCAGACUGUCUACUCGCUCUGCCACCCCUGCCACAUCCACUAUGACCUGGUAGGCAAAUACGAGACUCUGGAAGAAGAUUCCAACUAUGUGCUGAAGCUCGCAGGGGUGGGCGACUCAUUGCGCUUCCCAUCAUACGCUAAAUCCACUCGCACCACCGACCAAAUGGCAGCUAUGUUUUUUAACAACAUAAGUUCCCUGCAACAGGUUCAGCUGUUCCAACUCUACAAAAUGGACUUUCUUAUGUUCAAUUACUCUACUCCAAGCUACCUGAAACUGCAAUAAACACGUUAGCGUGCACACAUGGGGUCGUUCAACAAGGUUGAGCGAUGGGAGAAAGACAGUGGCAGUCUCCACACAGGCCAGGAAUCGACCAAACACGAAAUGUAAAAUUGUAUUUAUAUCCGGACGGACGGUAGCUUUAUUUCGAUGAAAUCAAGGAGCUGUCAGUCAACUGCGAAUGCCUACACAUGGGACUUGUUUGGAAAGUGUAAAGUUUUCAUUUGAAGGUGAUCUCAUAGAAGACUAUGAGAUCCUGAUAUAUUUGUCCAUUGAAUUGUAAAUGUGCAGUCCAAAAGCUCCUAUUCCCAACAUCAAAAGCAAUAUGACAGAUUCAGAGCCAUACCUGCUGAACCGGUUUAUCUGUUAAUAUACUCAACCAGCCACCAUUAUUACUGAAGGAGCGCCUUGAGAACUUGGGACUAAGACCUUAUAUAUAAUCAGACAUGUACUGACUUCCCAUUUCUAAAUUCUAAUUCUACAGUUUUCCCUUUUGGACGUUCACCUCAUGCCUCUCUCCCAUUCUUAGACGGCCUUCGUAUGUGUUUAUUUAUACGGUGCAUAUUUAAAGAAAGGCUUUGUAUGCACACUAAAAUAGGAAGGAUGAAAAAGGCACUGAAUUGUGCCUUUUUUUUAGAGGGAUGUGCCCAAAAGUGAUUGACAAGCAGUGAGUGGUUCAUUCUGCUGAGUCAGUCAAGGGGACGUGUCCAUAGCAGUUGGGUGGUCAAAGGUCCGGGGGUUCAAGCAUGGCCCUCACUGAGUGAUUUCAAGCACGUCGUUCACACAACCCCUCCUCCUUCUGUUCACUUUAAGUAAAUCAUUUUAUUUUGUAUGUUUACUGUCUUAUGAAAAAGUGGCUGCGAGCAGCACAUUAUUAUUAAUAUUAUUUGAAUUAUUGUGUGAAAUAGAGAUUUUAUAUUUUGUUUCCAGGAACAAAAAGCGGAUUAGUGGUAAAGUUUUUUUUUUUUAAAGAUUUAAUUGUUAUAAUUUUUUUCUUUUCGCCUCUUAUGCAGAACAAAGGGAUAACUUGCUGGUUGUUUUGUGAGGGGUGUACGAAAACGGGCAGGACUUGGUUUUCUGAGCUGUUCACAUGGGGAAAUUUCACAUAGUGGUGUGUUUGAGUGGAAGACAGAGAGAGAGAGAGAGAGAAGUUGUACGGUAGGCAAAUCUGUUCCAUUCAUUAGAUGAUUGAUUCUUUAAAAUAUCUUAGUAGUUCAAAUGAACAUUCUUUAAUUUAAUGACCUGUCUUUUACGAUAUUUUAUUUGAUUUGACAGUGCAUAAAAUUAUUAAAUGGCUUACGUAUAUAUGCUUUGGCUGCAAGCGGGCGUGUCUAAUUUUUUUGUCGGGACCAAAUCCAAAGAGUUUGCCCAGGGUAAAAGCUGAAGCUCUCUCUCUCUCUCUCUCUCUCUCUCUCUCUCUCUCUCUCUCUCUCUCUCUCUCUCAGUGAGAGACUCCCACAGGUCUCAGCUUUUUAAAAAGAAAAUCCAGUGUUUAUUUGGCCUCAGUAAGUAAGGGAUUAACAGCAUUUUAGGCUUUGUAGAACAGAGACCACACAAACACACGUGCACUUUAAAGCCCCCCAGUGAGGCAGAGAGUAAAACGUGGCAAAACGCAGAGGAUAAGGAAAAAUACAAAAUCAAGCCAUGUGAUCGACCUCUCAAUAGAUUGUCCUAUACCUUUUUGCUUAUUGCUAUUCCUAAUACAUAUAACUCAGAUAAAAAACAGUAUUACAAUAAGAUUGCAAUUUUAAUGCUUGACGUUUCUGAAAUUAAGCAGUUAAAACCGUCUGUGAAGAAACCAUCAGAAAAUGUCAUAAAAUAAUUAAAAUAAUAAAAUAACACACUGAUGUGUUGUUUCAACCUAAUGCUGCUGGGUUAUUGUAGCCCAUGGUUAACUAACAACAAACCAGCAUUGUUUAACUUUUAACCCAUCUGUGUGUUCUGUCCAAUACUUUUCCAAUGCUGGGUUGAAAAUAACCCAUGCAGCAUUUUGCAGUGUAGCAUUUGAGUUUUCUUCUUACACGGAAUAUGAAUGGAAAUUCUGAGGAAUGUUAACACAGUUUUUUUAAUCACAUAUACAGUACUGUGCAAAUGUUUUAGGCCACCACCAGUUUUGUUGUUUUAGCAUAGCUUUAAUGACAAUCCAUAUUGCUAUAAUUUCUUUAACGUUGUAGUAUUAUUGAAAAAUCUUCAUGUAAUGUCAAACUCAUGCUCUUAUAUUCUUCUUUUAAGGGUCUUUUAAGAUGGAAAGGGAUGUCUAGUUUAAUAUGAUGGCUGUUAUUUAUCAUUUUAAUUGACUUAAUGUAUGAUAGUCAAAGAAAUGUAUACACCAUUUCAUUAUAUUUAUUGAGGACAGUAAAAUUUGCAAUAAUAUUAGUAAUACCGUAUUCAGUAUGUGACCCUGGACCACAAAACCAGUCAUAAGGCUAAAUUUAACAAAAUGGAGAAUUAUACAUCAUCUGAAAGCUAAACAAAUAAGCUUUUCACAGAUGUAUAGGACAAUAUUUGGCUGAAAUACAACUAUUUGAAAAUCUGGAAACAGUGCAAAAAAAUCUACAUUUAAGAAAAUCACAUUUAAAGUUGUCCAAAUGGAGCCCUUAGCAACAAAUGUUACUAAUGGUAAUAAUUAUAUAUAUUAAUAAUCAAUCAUUUUGACCCAUAUAUACUGUUGGCGAUCGCUACAAAUAUACCUCUGCGACGUAGGUAUGACUGGUUUUCUGUUCAAGGUUCACAUAUAUUAUAUUUUGGUUCAAACCCAGGGAACACACAUGCUGAUAGCUUGUAAUGCACUGUAAGUCGCUUUUGAUAAAAGCGUCUGCUAAAUUCAUAAAUAUAAAAUAAUAUAUUUUAAUGUAAUUAGUUAAGUGUAAGAGAAGAUCACACAGUUGAGCCUAGAAUUUGAUUCAGUUUUUUAAUAUUUAAUAUUUAAAUGUAUUUCCUGAUUGUAUUUUAAUAAAUAAACCGAGCUAUAAUUAUAUAUGGUCACUACUAUACCAUUGCAAAAACGACAAAUCAUGCUGGCAUGGUGGAAUGAGACUUUUGUCAGUACUGUACAAAUAAAGUAAAUAUUGACUCAAGCUCUCAAUAGGCCUACCUAACAUUCUACUUUUGUGUUUCCUGUGAAAGAGGUUUCAUCAGGCAACCGACAUGACGUUCCCGAUUAACGCACAAGAUUUGUAUUGCUUGCCGUUUCAACGUGUCGCAUCUUGUGAGAACACUUUGUAAACAGUUUAAUUCCUAAAUGCUUCACUGUGUUUCCGACAGAUGAUAAAUCCUUGUCUGAGAUGUUGUCUUCCACUCAGCUGCUCUCUGAGUUUCUAACUAAACAUAUCACUAAAUCCAAACUUCUUAACUUGAAUUGAAAUUAACAGCUCAGAAAACAAAGGAAUCACGCCUCGGUUUUAUCCAGAACUCUUUAACUAGGUUUAAUUUGUGCUGUACAGGUAUUACAAACAGCCUCAUUAGUGCCCGUGUUGGCGGUCGCAGUGUUUUCUGACUUCCAGUAUCAUCAAAUACACCACCAAAUAAACAGUACAGCUUACUCUAAUACACAACAGUGCCUUCAUGCUCAUUCACACACAUUUUGCACUUAGUUUACACAAUGCAAGUCACCAUCCAUACAUGCAAACAAGAUCACAAGGUCUGCCUGUUGCUUUAUGUGCCUAUUGUACAAUCAGCGUCUUUAUUUAUUUAUUGCUGUCGUACACCCCUCAAUGUUAAACUUACAGUCUGCAGCCAGGGUUGUGUGUGUUUGUAUAUGUAUGGAUGGAUGCUCAGCUUUUUCGGGCUCAUAUCAGGCUCACAAGCAUUCUCAAAUGAAUUGUAUUUAUUUAGUCCUUUACGGCAACACACACUUCCUCAGUAUUCAAGAGGGACUGUGCUGGGUCAUCGGGUCGGACCCUUGCACUGUAAAUGGGAAAAAUUAAGUAUACUCUGAUCAAUGAGCUCACUCUCUCUCUCUCUCUCUCUCUCUCUCUCUCUCUCUCUCUCUCUCUCUCUGAAUCUCUGUUUUCUCAAUAAAGCUGAAACUAAAAACCA